CCCAGACCGUGCCCACCUGUGACUGGCGCUCAUCCCUGCCUCUGAGUCCCUUCCAGGGCACCGGUGGGGGCCGUCCAGCUCAGCUGCCUUGGGGGCUCCUAGCCAGGGGUCCCUCCACAAUGGCCUGGCUGUGGCUGCUCUGUGCACUGCUUCCUGCCUUCAUGCUGUCUGUGACAGCCAAUGCGCCACCAGUGUUUGCGAGCAAUCUGUCGGUAGUGACUCUGCCAGAGGACUUACCAGUGGGUGCCGUGGCCUUCUGGUUGGUGGCUACAGACAGUGAUAAUGACAAGCUGACCUAUGACAUUAGUGGCACCUAUGCCUAUUUCUUCUCUGUCACCCCAGACACUGGGGAAGUGAAGCUGGCCAGCCCUUUGGACUUCGAGACACACUAUUCCUUCGGGAUCACCAUCUCCGUAAAUGACAAUUACAACAGCCCCGUGCGGAAGGAAAUGCGGGUGUUGGUAGGUGACAGAAAUGACAAUGCCCCCGUUUUCCAGGGUUCUGGAUACUCCACCAGCAUCAAUGAGACCCUGCCAGUCGGCUCCGUGGUGUUCUCUGUGCUGGCUGUGGACAAGGACUCUGGGUUAGCAGGUUUAGUGAAGUACUCCAUAGUGAAGGUGAUCCCCAGCACCGACGACAGCAAGAAUCUUUUCCACAUCCUGCAAAACGGCUCCAUUGUGCUGGGUGAAAGCCUCAGCUACAACAGCAAGAGUGCCUUCUACCAGCUGCAGCUGGAAGCCUGUGAUUCAGGUGGCAUGUGGGAGAACAGUCAAGUCACCCUAUGCUCCCAGCCAGCCUUCCUGUCCAUCUCAGUGGUUGAUGAGCCAGACCUGGACCCCCACUUUGUCAGGGAGUCUUACUCAGCGUCCGUGGCUGAGGAUGCGGCCUUGGGAACCUCGGUGCUGAAGGUGGAGGCCGUGGAUGGUGACAAGGGCAUCAAUGACAACGUGACUUACAGCAUCACCAACUCCACAAGGCCCGGGUGGUUCAGCGUCGGGAAUGAUGGCAUCAUCACGGUCAGCGGCCCCCUGGACAGAGAGCAGCUGCUCAAUGACAACGAGGAAGUGCAGAUUCAGGUGACGGCCACUGAGGAGCAUCUGAACAUCUACGGGCAGGAGGCCAAGGCGAGCAUGUGGGUCACAGUCCGGGUGACUGAUGUCAAUGACCACAAGCCGGAGUUUUACAACUGCAGCCUCCCAAGCUGCUCCUUCAGCCCCCAAGAGGCCCAGGUCAACUUCACAGGCUACGUGGAUGAGCACACCUCUGCCCGCAUCCCCAUCGACGGCCUGACCAUGGUGGUCUAUGACCCAGAUCAGGGCGACAAUGGAACCUUCCUGCUGUCGCUGGAAGGCCAAGAGGCUGAAGCCUUCAGCGUGUCCCCAGAGCGAGCGGCAGGGUCUGUCAGCGUGCAGGUGGUGGUAAGGAACUCAGAGAUGGUGGACUACGAGAAGAACUCGGUGAUGUCUGUGCAGGUUGUGGCCACUGACUCAGUCAGCAAGAAUUACUCUGUUGCCAUUGUGGCCAUCCACCUUAGAGACAUUAAUGACCACAGGCCCACGUUCUCUCAGAGUUUGUAUGAACUCACCGUGCCGGAGAACAGUCCAACAGGGUUUGUGGUCACCAGCAGUGUACAUGCUACAGACCAGGAUAAGGAUGAGUGGGGCCGUAUCACCUACAGUCUGCUUCCAGGAAAUGGAGAGGACCUGUUUGAGGUGGAUCCAAACUCAGGGACGUUGAUGGUGAAAAAUGGCUCGCUGCUGGACCGGGAGAAGCAGGCAGUAUACUACCUCACACUGCAGGCCACCGACGGCGGGAACCAGUCUAGCACCGCCACACUACAGAUCACCCUGCUGGACGUGAACGACAACGCUCCCGUGGUUCGGGGCUCCUACAACGUCUUCGUGCAGGAGGAGGGUGGCAAUGUCUCCGUGACCAUCCAGGCCUACGAUGAUGACCAGCCAGACACUAACAACAGCCGCCUGCUCUUCAGCCUGCUGCCUGGGCCCUAUAGCCACAACUUCUCCAUAGACCCCAACACAGGGCUCCUCAGGAAUCUGGAGCCGCUGGACCGAGAGGCCAUUGACCCAGCCCUGGAGGGCCACAUUGUACUAACUGUGCUCGUGGCAGACUGUGGCGACCCUCCCCUCAGCACUGAAGUCAAUGUCAGCAUCACUGUGGAGGACAUCAAUGACAACCUGCCUGUAUUCAACCAAUCCUCCUAUGAAUUCUUUGUAAAGGAGAGGGAUCCAGGAGAGUUUGUGGGCACAGUGAAAGCCUGGGAUGCUGACCAGACAGAAACCAACAACCGCAUCAGCUUCAGCCUGUCCGGGACUGGUGUCAACAACUUUGCUGUCCGAGGCAGUGUUCUGGAAGACGGGUGGGCCGAGGGGUACCUCUGGCUGCUCCCCGAUGUGAGCUUGGAUUAUGAAACACAGACAUUCCUCAAUCUGACAGUGAGCGCUGAGAACCCAGGCCCCCAGGGCUUUGAUUCCACAGCCGGUGUCACGGUGGUUGUGGUGGAUGUAAAUGAUGAGCCGCCUACCCUGGAUGCAGCCUCACUCCAGGCCGUCUAUGUGGCUGAGAAUGGUUCCCAGCAUGGCCAGGUGGCUCAGGUGACAGCCCAGGACGUGGAUACCGAUUCCUUGCUGAGAAUAGAACUAGUGGACGUCAUCUGCACCAAGGAUAACGUUGACGUGGGCAGCGUGUGCCACGGCUGGUUCGCUAUGACUGCCAAUGGCUCGGUGUACAUCAAUCAGAGCGAGGCCAUCGACUAUGAGGCUUGUCAUCUGGUCACACUGGUGGUGCGGGCACACGACCUCACCACAGACCCCCGCUUUGAUGCUUACAGCAGCAAUGGAGACCUCCCCAUCGUCAUCGAGGACAAGAAUGACAAUGCUCCCUACUUCCUGCCUGUCAACCAGACCUUUGUGAUCAUCCCAGAGCUCGUGUUGCCCAGCCAGCAGGUGGCUUCUGUGCAGGCCAGAGAUGAGGACUCACAACAAAACAGCCUCAUCGACUUCUCCAUCCCGAAAGCAGAUUUCAUCUCCAAGGACGGGGCCACCAACCCUGUCCAGGUCUUCCGGAUUAUCCGCUCGGUGGAAGCUGGCCUGUACACCGCCAGCAUAGUGCUGGUGACCAACCUUGAUUCCACUCUCCAAGGCAGAUACCAGGUGACAGUUCAGGCUCAGGACCAGCCUCUUGUGGGUCCUGCACUGGACACUCAGAUCACUCUGGAUCUCUUCACUGUGGACCAGAGUUACCGUGUGAGGCUGCAGUUCUCCACCAACAAGGUGGAAGUGGGUGCCAACGUGGAGGAGAUUAAGGCGGCUCUUGUCCAGGCGACCAGGACCUCUGUCUACGUUGUGACGAUCCAGAACAUAGACACUGCGGCUCGGGCCCAAGUCCAGUCCUACAUGGAUGCCUAUUUUGUUUUCCCCAAUGGGUCAGCCCUGACGCUUAACGAGCUGAAUAUGAUGAUCCGGAGAGACCAGGACGCACUGACGCAGCUGCUGCAACGGGGCCUGGUGGUGGUGAGCUCGCAGGAGACCCAGGAGUCCGAUCAGCCGAAACUGCUCACCAGUGUCAUUAUAGGACUGGUGGUAGCAUUGGUGCUGGUCCUCGUGAUUUUCAUCACUGCCAUCCUGUGUAUGCGGAAGAGUUACCACCGGAAGCUUCUAGCUAUGAAGGCUGGCAAGGAGGCCCGGAAGACACCAACAGAAGCAGUGACUUCAACUGCUGCUCUCCCUGGGACUAACGUGUACAAUACUGAUCGAGCCAACCCCAUGCUGGACCUCCCCACCAAAGAUCUGGGAUUGGAGUGCCUCUCCUCCGGUGACUUGGACAACGUCAGCCUCAAUUCCCUAGACAAAAAUGCUGUGGACUUGGACGCAGACAGUAAGAAAAUCAAGAAGCCGCUUCCACACAACUCACCCAAACCAGACCCAGAGCCCCUGAGUGCAGUGCUCUCGGGAAGGCAUUCGGGCACAAGCGGACCAGAGCAGAGGGAUCUGUCCUUCACUAAUCCUGGCCUGGACACCUCAGAUCUGUGAUGGAGACCUCCAUUCUUCAAGUGCAAUCUGUGCUGCCUACCUUCCCCUAAAUAUAAUAUAUGGUCUUUCAAUCAUA